GAGGUCGUUGUAUGGACUGUACCCUUACAAGGCCAGUAUGAUCCGUCUGGGGAGCCUGGUGGAUCCAUCGGGUGACUGGGAUAUUGCAGAGACCAUUGGUAAAGGAAACUAUGGAAAAGUCUAGAGUGAACAACAGGAAAGAUGGGAGUCAGGCAGCAGUUAAGUCCUGGACCCAAUCAAUGUAAGUUAAAUGCAAAAGUGCCACAAUCAAUCGAUAUGCCACUUUAGCAAGUUUAGGGCCUCUUCCUCGUUUUCGCCAGAAAUGUCAACCCUGACUAAACAAACAAAUUAAUAAAGGAAAUAAUCUCUGUUUUUCUUGACUAUUGUUUGGCUUCUUUCAGUAUACCAAGCAUACAAACAGAGUAAGUUCCUUUGCUUAUUUCCCUGUACCUGCCUCCCCCUGUACUUGUCCCUGUGUUUACUGUUCCCAAGUAAAUUCCCCACCGGUCUCCUUUUCAUCCAUUUCUACAUCCACUUCCCACAGUCGUCCUUACCAUCUCCCUCCCCCUUUAUGUAUGCCACUACCUUAGUGAUGUGCAGCUAGCUGGCAGACCUGUCUGUCGUGCUGAGGCCGGGGGCCAUGCAGUGGAGCCAUGUAGUGUUUGUGAGACUCAAGCUGAGUGCUUGCUUGUGAUUGUGUCAGUGUUUCAAUCCCUCCUGCGGCUCUUGCUAGCCCCCUGCUGCAGCUCCCCGGCCGGGUAUGAAGAUGUAGCUGCUUCCCUGCUCAUCCCUCUCCUUGAUUAGACUGCUGACAGUAUCGUUCACACAUCCAGGAAGAGGAAUUCUGCCUCUGUGACGCUUUCUCUUCACUUCCACUGAUAUUUAAACUGAUAUAGAAGAAGCUUCAUUGGUACUUCUAACCAAGAGUUAGUUUCCCUGUGUUUAAUGGUUCUGGGCUCUGAUUGAAGGUGUUUUAGUUCCCUUAAAUUUCAUUUCAACAUCCUUUUUUAGAAAUGUAAAUAGUUUCUCUGCAGUUUGUUUUGCCUUCUUGUGACUUGUGUGUUGGUGUUCAGUCAAAAUGUUGUGUGACUGAUGUUAAUGUGUCCUCCUUGACAAAGGAUGUUGAUGAGGAGAUUGAGGCUGAGUACAACAUCCUGAGGACCCUGUCCAACCAGGGACAGCUCUGGUUUGUUCUAGAGGUGAGAUCCCCUGGGUCUUUCUGUCUCGCUUAUAAAGUAGGACUUUGCCCAGCUUUACAGUCCAGUCAAAUAUUGUAUACUGUACAAUACCGCACUACAUGCAAUUAGUCAUUUAAGGGCUCAUACAGUAGGACUUUGUCAUUGGAGGCAAUAUAACCCAGUGGUGUGUGCUUGUCAAACAUGACAGUGUCUGAUUGUGCCCAGUAUAGGUAGCUGCACUUUAUCUCCUGUGUUACAUUUCCACCAAUAUGAUCAACACAGUCUUACAGUAGACUAUGGCCCAUCUUUGUUGUUGUCUCUUUGAGCACUAGAAGGAUCACAAACAGUAGAUUUACUUUAAAUGAUUGGAGUGAAAUCCAUCGCAGAGCUGAGAGGAGGUCACCCUCCUACAUUGGGAAAAAUCUCAAGUUUAAAAGCUUUGCAAGAAGGAGUUGUGACUCCAGUGUAGUUGUAUGUGUGGGAGGGAUGGCUCUGGUAAUUAAUCAUAAUCUAGAGUGGCGAGUAUUGGAGGAGCCACUGUUGUUUAUCUCGCUCUGUCUCACACACACACACACAGCUGUGCAACGGGGGCUCAGUCACAGAUAUCAUCAAAGAACUGCUCAUGCGAGGCCAGCAACUGCUGGAGACCAUUAUCGCAUACAUUUUAUACGCCGCCCUCUUGGUGAGAUGGCCAACUGUAAAAUGCCUAAUGACAGAAGGGUGUGGCAUCCACAUACAGUGGGCAGAGGAUUGAGGGGGCAGGGUGUGGGAAUAAUAUGCAUGGCAGUAGACAGCUUUGUUUGAAACACAUUCAAAUGGUACUAAUCACAAACAGUUAAUAAUGGCUUUACUGAUGCUUAUUAAACCCCCCAUUUGCUUUCCUCCUCCCGCCUGCCAGGGUCUCCAGCAUUUACACAACAACCAGAUUAUUAAUUGUGACGUCGAAGGAAACAACAUCCUUCUGACUACCGAGGGAGGAGUCAAGCUUGUUGACUUUGGUAAUGGCUUUGUUUUCCUGUUGUGGGGGCACUUUGGCCAAUUGAUGGUUUGAAUAAGAGAUACAUGCAUUUUAAAGGGAGGCUCUGGGAAGUUGUUUGUGAGCUCUGUUACUUCUGUCUGGGCCUUCAUUUAAAGGUCCAAUGCAGACUUUUUUAAAAAUCUCAAUAUCAAAUCAUUUCUGGGAUUGUUUUCAAUUAAAAUGGUCAAAAAUGAACAAAAAUAUAUUCUUAGCAAAGAACAAUUUCUCAAGUAAGACUUUUGCUAGGAAUGUUUGGGAGUGGUCAGAGUGGGAAGGGGAAAACUGAAAACUAGCAGAGAGGUUUGAAACUCUCUUGGUUUAUUAACUAAUUUACCACUCCAUCCAACCAAACAGGCUGAAAAUUCUGUGGCGUCUUUUCAAACAGCUCUACACUGAAAGGACAUUAUCUAAUUUUAAAUUCCACAUUAUAUCCAAACCUCAUUAUUGUGUGAAAUAUACCCUUCACUUACUUCUAAUAGGUUACAUCCAUCUGGUACCGUCAGACCCCCUUUUACCUCCAGAACAGCCUGUGACAUACGUGGGAAUGUUCCACGGGCUGUUGGUCCACUGACCAAGGGAUCACGAGAUAAGGACCACGUGCCGGCACGACGAAUAUCCCUCAGUCGCUAGACGUUUGCCCAUUAGACGAAUCUAACAGAUACUGAUCGCAUCGUCCCGUUGCCUGCAUUAGCAGCACGGCAUACUCUGUACACAUUUACAUUUUAGUCAUUACAGUCUUAUCGAGAGACUUACAGUUAGUCACUUUUUUAUAUCCCCCUGUUUUUGCCCCAUUCUAUCAAACGUGAGCUACAUCCCGAACAGUAACCUGAACGCCAAUCGGCCCAUCCCUGUCUCCCGGUCGCGGCCGUAAACGCCUGGAUUAGAUCUCUAGUGGCACGCACACCCACGUGCAGCCUUGACCACUGCGCCCUAGAUGUGGGGAGUGAUCCAUUUUCAUGAACGGGGUGGUGUACCUAAUAAACCGGUGAGUGUAUAUAAAACACAGGAAAAUCACGUUUUUGACUGCAUUGGGCCUUUAACAGAUGACUCAUCAUUGAUAGUUGACGGUUAAUUCAUUUUUUUUAUUUGUCCACGUUAUUAUUGGUAAAGACUAUCAGAUAAAUACAAACAUAUGGGCAUCAAUGCUGUGAUGCAGUCCUCGUUCCAUGUCUUUGUUACUGACCCUAUGUAACAUCUUUGUAUUUCAUGGACCAUAGCUUAACCUAAGGCUAUUAUUGCCAAUUUAAAUUGCAUUAUUUGAUCCUUUGCAUAUGAAAAGAAAGCUGUUCUGGCAAAUGACUUUGAGUUGCCCCGGGCAUGUUUAUGUCCUCUGUGUGCUGAGAAUGAAGUGGAAUCCUGCUGAUAAAAAUCUGUCCCACUUAAUUAGAAAUUAUUAUGGUGGUAUGGCAGGUUGUCACACCAAAUGAUAUGCCAUAUUGCUAUUGAUUUAUUCACACACUUUCCCUCUGUUUAUGUAAUUCACAUUCAUGUAAUAUGCACACAAAUAUACAUCACAUUAAACAACUGUGAAUGUAAUUAUAACAGGUCAUGUGAUAUAAUAUAUAAAAUCUUGAUUUUGCCCCAAAAACGGAUGACCUGAGGAUGUUGUGUUUUAUAUUAAAUAGCCUAAAUUCUAUUCAGGUGUCUCUGCUUAGCUGACGAGUGCACGUUUGCAAAGAAACACAUCCAUUGGCACUCCCUUUUGGAUGGCACCUGAGGUUAGCUUUUUUUUUUACAUGCGCCACUAAACUCCUUUACUUGCAAUUGCAUGAGAACACCGAAUACAUUUUAGCACAGAAAUAUCCUACAUGAUGACACCAAUGAGUUGCAUUAGAUGUGCUAUAUGGACUGUAGAGAGAGAUAAACAAGUGAGUAUGUACUCACCUGAUUAAUGAAUUUAACUAACCUUUUUAAAUCAACAUUACAAUGUGUAUUUUAAACACAGACAAUUUUAAAAUGAGUUGAUUUUCUGCAUUGUUAUUUCAUCUUAUUUCAGCUUCAGAAACAAUGAAAGCCUUUAGGUACCCAUACGAAGUCACUACCUCACUGUUGCUAAUACAUUAUCUUCAUAUCAUCAUCUACAGCAAGAAACAGCAACUUGCAUGAGAAGUGUCCACCUGCUUGUGUCAUGCUUGUCCUGCCUGUGUCGUCCCAGGUCAUCGCCUGUGAGCAGCAGUAUGAUUCCACGUAUGACGCCCGCUGUGACGUGUGGUCGCUGGGCAUCACAGCCAUAGAGCUGGCUGAUGGAGACCCCCGUUGUCUGAGAUGCACCCCGUCAAAGCCCUCUUCAAGAUCCCAUGGUAAGGCACUAGAGGGCUCCCUCUGUACACAGCUGGCAGGGACAGAUCAGACACACAGCGGCGUACACUUUCAUAAAAAGCUU